CGCUGCCGGAGCGGAAGGCUCGGCCAUUUCCUGCCCUGCCCGGCGCCAUCUUGUGUGGAGCCAGCGACGUGCGGAGGCACAGAGAGAGCGGCGUCGUCUCUACCUGUCUCCACAGGCUCCUCAUUCCCGCAGCGCGCUCCGUCACGCCGCGCUCCGCCACUCCGCACAGUCCUUUUUCCCAGCGAUGUCAACCAUGAACCCCGAAUAUGACUACCUGUUCAAACUCCUCCUCAUCGGCGACUCCGGCGUUGGCAAGUCGUGUCUGCUCCUGCGGUUCGCGGAUGAUACCUACACAGAAAGUUACAUCAGCACAAUCGGUGUGGACUUCAAGAUCAGAACAAUAGAGCUGGAUGGAAAGACCAUAAAGCUCCAGAUAUGGGACACGGCAGGACAAGAACGUUUCCGCACAAUCACCUCCAGUUAUUAUCGGGGCGCCCACGGCAUCAUUGUGGUGUACGACGUCACGGAUCAGGAGUCCUUCAACAAUGUGAAGCAGUGGCUGCAGGAGAUUGAUCGCUACGCCAGCGAGAACGUCAACAAGUUGCUUGUUGGCAACAAAUGCGACCUCACCACUAAGAAAGUGGUGGACUAUACGACUGCCAAGGAGUUUGCGGAUUCGCUGGAGAUUCCUUUCCUGGAGACGAGUGCCAAGAAUGCCACCAACGUGGAGCAGGCGUUCAUGACCAUGGCAGCAGAGAUCAAGAAGCGCAUGGGGCCAGGGGCCACACAGGCCGGCGCUGGAAAGUCCAACGUCAAAAUCGAUAGCACUCCCGUCAAGACAGGAGGUGGGGGCUGCUGCUAGAGGUGGUGUGAGACUCCCCCCCCCCCUCAACCCCUCCUUCUCUCUCCACCCCCGGCCCUGACCCAACAAGAUGACCACAUGGCCCGGCACGUGCCUCCCCAUGGAGAGUGGCAAGUGGUGGACGGGCUCUUGGGGAGGGCGUUGGACGGGUCGCUCCGCGGACACUCACGUCUCCACCUCGUCCCGGAUGGUUUGUAGUGUCGAUUAUGGCUUGAUUUGGAUUAACUUCAUUUUCUGGCUUUCUCUUCUCUUAAAAGCCAGCUUUUAUGAGGUUGCACUUGCUCUCUGUCCUCCCACCCCAGCCUCUAAACUGCGAUCGUGGCCACACACUAGUUUCAAAUUGGCUGCCCUUUGGUGCCAGAUGUUACUGUCAUGCAGAUUUGUCUCCUCGCACUGCCUGAAAAUGAAGUUAACCUGAAGGCUGUUGAUUGAAUUUUUUUGUCUUGUGUAUUUAAUGAAUAAAUUAGACCAAAACAUGUUAGAUCUGGUUGUGAUUUUUCAGUACGGUCGCUGAUUUUAUUCAAGGUAACAAUGUCCCUAGGAAUGUUUUGCUUUGCGGGAAAGAAUAAAAAAGUUAAUAAAUCUAAAGGCUCUAAUUUGUUAGCGGUUGUAAACCAGUAAUUGAAUACUAGUGUAUUGCACACGAUGUAUUCUGUAUUUGAUUAGUUUAGAGCGCUGUAAAGAACAUUUCCCCUUGUAUAACAUAGAUUACCCCCCAGAAGAAGUUAAACCAUGGAUGGCUUGUCUGCUGUUGGAGACACUCACCUGUCUUGUCUGUAACCCUGCUGGCUUGCCUCGUUUUGUCUGGGCUCGCCAAUGACUGGAAGUGGUGUUUUCGUUUGUUUAUCAAGUGUAAAUAAAACUGCCUGCUGCGGCCAAGCCACGCUUAUGAGUGCCCCCACAACGCAGUGUGUGCCCCCUCCUCCCCAACCUUCCCGAGCCCAAACACGUGUCUCAUGGGAGAAUCGAGUCUACACCGCUGCAGUCACACAUCUAGACAGGCUACGCAACCCAACUGCUGUGCAGCUGUUUGGAGGUGGUGGGUGGUGGUGAUGAACUGGGAAUGAACGUGUGUGACGGACAAACUAUGCCAGCCGUGCACCCAUUCUCACUGCACCAUUCUGGCCUUUAAAUGCAUAUUGCGCAAGGUUUCAUGCUGUUGUUGCUCUUUCUCGCUCAUUCUUGUGCAAAUCAUUUCAGAAACAAAUAAAGUGUAUACUGUUCAGUUACUCCUGUUAACUUUGCUCUGUUUGUGUUGCUGAUUUGUACACAGUGGCGGUGUGGGAGUAUUGCAUUCCUGGUUUUAAAAUGUUUUGAAAUUUAGAUAUGGAGUGCUAACUGUGGAUGAUAUCAGUACAAGGCCCAAAUUAAUACUUUGUCAAAUUUGUUCUGGUUGGAGUGGAGUAAAUGGCUGGUUGGUUGUUUCUUCGGGUCAACUUUGGGCUUUCGGUUCUCCCCCAUUGCAGACAACUCAUUGUCUGCACACUGAGCAAUGUCAAUGUCCUAUUUCUCCCAAGCCCCUUAUAUGACCUGUGUCGGUUUUUAAUUAAAGAUGUUAAUGUGUUGGGAAACACGACUGCGAUGGAGGCCUGGUUUUUAUGUUGGCUAUGAGGGUUUGAGUGCAUUGCCUUGAAUGAAACAGUCGUCGGUGUUGUGCCUUUUUUUUUGAUUAAAUUCUGCGCUCAUGUUGUAUGGAGAAUCCGUGUGUGUCGAGGCCCUGCUUGAAAUGCAGCGGGCGUAGUCGACGCGGGGCACGCGGCUGAUGCCGCAUUGUGGGCGCGGCAUCGGACCUCCCCUCUCUCCCCACUCUUCCCCACUCUCCCAUCGUGAGGGAUCGCAGCAAAUGUUUACACAGGCGAGCAGCAGAAGCAAUAUAAAACCUGCUACUGCUGCAGGGAGUUCAUUGUAACUGAUGACAUGCAUACUUAAUCAUUUUUAGCUCAUCAAGCAGACAACUCCUGGGGGAAGGAAACAAUUAUAAGACGUCCGUCAAAAUGUAUACUAUCUGGUGGAAGAGUUAUGCAUGCAGUUUUUUGCUUGGCUGUUAUGCUGGUUACAGUAGCCCUUUAUACUGUUGCAGGGAAGACGUUUACUCUUUAUAUAGAAUAUUGGUUUAAACUGCCUGUCAUGCAUUUUUGUGAAUAGAUGUUAACGUCUUAAGUGAUUGCUGUGUUUAUUUUCAGUUAUGGGCCAUCAGUACUGGCUACCCACCCUUCCAAAUCAGUUUUGAGUCUUGUUUGAACUACCGCUAUUAAAUGAUUCAACAGUA